UCCGUACUAUAAGGCAAAGCCACCAAUAACUCACCUUCCUAUAAUGCAAAAACCAUAAAUCAACGGCAGAGAUUCACCGAAUUCCCCAACUAACACAGCAAAUACCCAAUCACGUUUUGCCACCUCACUCGUCCACAUCACCUACUGGAUUUAGAUGCACCCCGUGUUUGCACAUCGUAAACUCACUCCUUGUUUUCACACACACUCGCCAUAACGGGUUCGCUGAUUUCCCCCGUUUUUAUACGUUCCUCUGUCGUUAGAUUUGUCGUCACUGCAAUUCUGAGUUUUGAAAUUAGGUUUUUAGUUUGGGUGAUUUUGUUGAAUAGAUAGCGAGGAGGAACCAUGUUUUUGUUUGAUUGGUUCUAUGGAAUCCUCGCAUCUCUAGGGUUGUGGAAAAAGGAGGCCAAGAUCUUGUUUUUAGGGCUCGAUAAUGCCGGCAAAACGACGCUGCUUCAUAUGCUUAAAGACGAGAGAUUAGUUCAACACCAGCCCACCCAGUACCCUACAUCGGAGGAGUUGAGUAUUGGGCAGAUCAACUUCAAGGCUUUUGAUUUGGGAGGCCAUCAGAUUGCACGAAGGGUCUGGAAAGAUUACUAUGCCAAGGUGGAUGCGGUUGUCUACUUGGUGGAUGCUUAUGACAAGGAGAGGUUUGCAGAAUCCAAGAAAGAGCUGGAUGCUCUCCUUGCUGACGAGGCUUUGGUCAAUGUUCCGUUUCUUAUCUUAGGCAACAAGAUUGAUAUACCAUAUGCUGCUUCAGAAGAUGAGUUGCGAUGUCACCUUGGUCUUACUAACUUCACCACAGGCAAGGGUAAGGUGAACCUGGGAGAUUCCAAUGUCCGUCCUCUUGAGGUGUUCAUGUGCAGCAUUGUCCGCAAGAUGGGUUAUGGAGAUGGUUUUAAGUGGCUCUCACAGUACAUUAAGUAAAGAGCAAUAGAGGAGUUAAGGUCUUGUAUACUGAAACGAAGAGACAACUUGUUUUGGAAAGCGUUAUUAUUUGUACAAGUUAGAAACUUGUUUGUUUUUUUCCUAUCUUCUAUUUGAAAUAUCAGAGGAUAUGUAGCACUGUGAUUAAUGGUUUUGGUAGUUGAUGAUCUGUGGUAUUCAUAUCAAUGGAAGGAUGAUGCCGAAAACUUUCUGAAACCCA